AUGAAGCUCCUAUACCCGACCUCUCUCGCGCUGGACACUUCCAAGCUGGAAGGUUUCUCAGUAGACAUCCAGCCCUACGACCCAAAAUCCCCCACCAUCCCGUCGGAACUCCUCGACGCCACUGUCCUGGUGACGUGGGUCAACACUCACGAGAAUCUCGUCUUCGCCAGCAAAAACAUGCCCAACUUGCGCUGGAUCCAGUCCUUGGCCGCGGGCCCUAACGACGUCCUCUCCGCCGGCUUCGACACGUCCCGCAUCGUCGUGACCACCGGCUCGGGCCUCCACGACCGUACAGUCGCUGAGCACGCCCUCGGUCUGCUCCUCAACGGCGCCCGACGCUUCUAUGAGAUGCGUGACUACCAGCUUCAGGGCAAGUGGCCCGCCCACCUGGGUGGGGCGCAGCCCGACCGUCCCAAGGACCGCUUCACCACGCUGCGUGACGCCCGCGUCCUGGUCUGGGGCUUCGGGAACAUCGCCAAGACGCUCGUCCCCAGCCUGACCCUCCUGGGUGCUCAUGUCGAGGGCGUAGCUCGUUCUGCCGGUGUGCGCAACGGCAUCACCAUCCACGCCGAGGCCGAUCUGCCCACCCUGCUGCCCAAGAUUGACGUCCUCGUCAUGAUCCUCCCCGGCUCCGACUCUACCCGCAAUGCCCUCAACGCCGAGCGUCUGCGCCUGCUACCCAAGCACGCCUGGGUUGUUAACGUCGGUCGCGGAACCACUAUAGAUGAGGCUGCCCUUGCUGAUGCUCUCAACGCUGGCGAGAUUGGCGGUGCCGCCCUCGAUGUCUUCGAGACGGAACCCCUCCCCGUCGAUAGCCGCCUCUGGAAGGCCCCCAACCUCGUCCUCUCGCCUCAUGCCGCCGGUGGUAGGCCCCAGGAUGCAGAGGACCUCAUCACCUACAACCUGAGGCGUUUCGUAGCCAAGCAGCCCCUCAAGAAUGUCGUCUGA